AUGGACGAGUUGUGGCCUAACAUAGAUGCAGCAGUUCUUGGAAGCAUUCAACAGUUGUAUCCUUCCCCUCUUCGCUUGCAAGCUGCAUUUGAUGGAUUUGAUGAUUGUAGUAUUCUCAUUGCAGAUUUGUUUCCUGAUAUGAUCGAGGAGGAUCUGAGGAACACAGUUGCUGAACUUUUGAGGUGGCAAACAGAAUCGGCCCCGGCCUUGAAACGACUGCGAAUGAGUGUACUUUCAGAGAGCUUGUACUUUCUUCCGUCUCAUAAGCUUGGCAUUGUUGAUUUGAAAGAGUCGUAUCAUUCUAUCACACAAUCCAGCACAGUUGUGAUUUUGGAACUCGCUUCGAAGAAGAAGCAACGGAGAUACAAGGAGGAGCCUCCAGAUGUUCGUGCAAAGGCAUUUGACUUGGGACGGAAGAAGUAUUCACUUUUGUUGGCAAACGUCAUCAAACUUGCAAAACUCCCUGUGGUUCAGCUUGUCAACGUCCUCGACGACCCGGAUUCAGGCUGGUUGCAUUUGUUUGCUGCACGUCGGGCUAACACCCUCAAGAAUCGUUACAAGAGUUGGAAACCUUUCCAGACAUGGCUUGAGCUGCAUCGCAAUCGUGCGUUCCCGGUGUCUUGCAAGGAUAUCAUUGAUUAUAUGCAGUUUAGGGUUGAUGAAGGUUGUGGCAAAACAGUUCCAGAGUCAUUCAGCAUUGCAUUGAAUCUCAUUGAGGUUUUGGGCAGGGUUCCGGAGGAUAUGCAGUUGUCCAAGGACCCAUUGUGGCUGGGACACGUCAAAUCGUGGACUGCGGAGCUCUCGGCUGACAGUCCUCCGAGGCGCACUGCUGAGAUGUAUACAGUUGCAAUGAUUGUUUCCUUGGAGCUCACGGUGCGAAACGAAGACGAACCGGUCUUUUCGCGAGCUUUGGCAUGGGUCGUACUAGUUAUGAUUUGGGCUGCAUUGCGUUGUGAUGAUGUUCAAGCCAUUUUACCACAUCGGUCACUGCUUUUGAGAUCUGGACUGAAGCUGUUAUUGGGAAAGACCAAGACCACUGGUCCGGACAAGCCCCAGAAGGAGGUGGUGGCACACGUGCAUAGGACUUUGUCGCUCACCGGCGUUGACUGGUUACAGAUUGGCUAUGACAUUUGGGAGUCAGAACAAUUCUCCUUUCGUCGUGACUAUUUGGUGAUGGAGCCUAGGAGGGGCUGGGACGGGGUGCGCAGAAAGUUUGUCACGCCUUCAGAUUUGGCCUCUCUCAUUCGGAAGUUGUUGAGUUCGCUUCGUGUUCCGCUUUGCCGCAACUCAUGUUGGGAGCUCGCUCCAGCCCAGCUCCUUUUGCCAGAUGGAUUGGAGUGUCAUUUCUCUGGUCAUAGCCCUAGGAAUUUCUUGACAUCGGUUGCUGCGUGUUUGGGCUUUAGCAAGGACAUGAGAGCGUAUCUUGGACGUUGGAGCAUUGGCGUGACUUCAUCUGAAGAGUAUGUGAGGACGGCGCGCCAGGUUGUCUUCAGGAUCCAACGUGCAGUCAACCGUUCGAUUGUUGAAGGCAGAGAAGAAGAGUAUUUCGAGGACGAGGCCAUUGAUAGUCUUUGCAAGGCUGCAGAGGCCAAUGGUGCGAAUCCCAAUCGCAUCCGCAGGCGGCAUUCGGUCAUGACUCCGGUCUCAGGUAAGAAUUGCUUAGGCUCUGUGUUUCCAGUCCUUGUUAUCAGGGACGAGGAUUGCCAGGUGAUUCCAGUGAUUGAGGACGACACAAAUUCAGUGCUUCUUGAGGAAGAGGCUCGUUCGGCUUUGGCCAUCGAUUCAAAGCGUGAAGCAUCCACAGAUUCGACCAAAUACUUUGUGACUGUGUCUCGAAGGGCAGGCCAAAGGCUUCAUCUCGUAGGGUGCUUUGUGAAGCCUUCCAAUUGCAUGGAAGUUAGGAUGACCAAUUCGGUGACGGCUGAAGAUUUCGAUUCGGUUUGUCGUGCCUGCAGGAAGAAGAUGCUUUCAGAGAACGGGAAAGAGACUCCAGAGGAGUCUAGUUCCACAGCUUCUUCGAGCUCCACGUGCGGCCGGGGGCUCGAGGACUAG